AUGUCUCAUUCUCAGAGCGAAACGCUGGCCAAUCAACAUGGAGAGUCAGAGGCUUCAUCUCUACUGGCCCCAGCCGCCAACACCUCAGACUCCUCCGAUACAUCCUCCGAAACAAGCUCAGACUCCGACUCAACAAUCUUAACAAAACUUCAAGACUUCUACUCCCGAAACAUCGGCCUAUUCUAUGUCCUAGUCGCCCAACUAUUCGCUUCAAUAAUCAUUUUUGUGAGAAUGCUGGCUACAGCGCUGAUUGGCUCUGUGUACAUGUGGUGUAAAAACGUGCCGAAUUUUCCGCUGGGGCCGAAGGAGGUUAGGGAUUCGCUGUCGUAUCUUGAUAUUUCUGAUGCGACGGUUAUUACUUUCCUUGUCCCGACUCUUACUGCGUUUAUUGCAUGGGUUGCUCUACGCGAACCAUUCACUGUCAAAGAAGCCACUGCUGGGUUUAUCGCCUUCGCAGGCGUCCUCUUCGUCGCCCGCCCGGCCUUCCUCUUCCCCGAAAGCUGGCGAACAUUAUCGGAGUUGGAGUCUCGCGCUGUUGACUCGGACUUCACUACUGAUGGUGGUAUUUUACCACCGGUAAAGGCGACACCGCAAGAACGCACCAUCGCUAUUCUCUGUGCCAUCUUCGGUUCCUUUGCAGCGGCGACGGCGUAUGCGACUAUUCGCGUGAUCGGAAAGCGGGCCCAUUCGCUUGUCAGUGUCAAUUACUUCGCUGUCCUUGCCACUGUCAGCUCGUUCCUCAUCAUCAUGAUUCACCCUGAUCUUCAAUUCGAGAUCCCAAAGACUGUGGCUGAAUGGUGUUUACUCCUCUCGAUCGGCAUCUCAGGCUUUUUGCUCCAGCUCCUCCUCACCGAGGGUCUUCAGAGGGAGAAGGCUGGUCGAGCCACCAAUCUAAUCUACGUCCAGAUGGUCUUCGCGCUCAUUAUCGAGCGAAUUGUCUGGGGAACUACACCUCCAAUCACCAGUUUCAUUGGCAGUGCUUUGAUCAUUGGUUCAGCUAUCUGGGUCAGCCUACAGAAGAAAGCUCCUGCUGAACCAAGACCAGUCCUCGACGAGGAGAGAAGACAGCAAUAG